AUGGCUCGUCGAGGUGAAUUCUUGGACGCUAAAGUCUAUGUUGGUGGUUUGCCAGAAGACGCGACAGCUCAAGAAAUCGAAGAUUCUUUUCAUCGAUUUGGUCGAAUCCGCAAGGUCUGGGUCGCUCGUCGUCCUCCAGGCUUUGCGUUUGUUGAGUUCGAAGACGCCAGAGAUGCCGAGGAUGCGGUUCGAGCGUUGGAUGGAGGGUAAGGCAUUCCUCUUAUUUUUAAUCUCAAGUUUAGUCGAAUCUGUGGAGUGAAGGCUCGAGUGGAACUCUCACAUGGUCGUAGACGCAAUGGCGGCGGCGGUGGUCGCGGCCCUCCCUCUCGUGGUGGAAGGUAUGUUUAUUCUUUUCAUGUCUACAUCAUGUGUAAUAUAAUCCAAAUUAAUAGCGGAUUAUGUGAUGUUUACUAAGUUUUUUGGUUGAAUUUUGAUGUUGUAUUUGGAGUUUUUAUUGCAUUUAGCUCGAAUUACAUUUUAUAUGUUAUCCAUGUCUUUUGGACUAAUUUUCCAUUCUGAUCGUUAAUUUGGGUUUAAUAUUUUUAGCCGUUUCGACGGUCUAUCGUCACUUCGCUCGAUCUUCUUUCCUAGUCGACUCGUCGUCAUCUGAGCGUUUCUUUCGCGAAUUCAAAAUCUUAGCGACAUCCACCAUCAAGAACAACCCUCUCUUGUUGGUACUACUCCAAAGUGUCUUCUAUCCGACUCGGCUAACAACAGCGUCCAUCUGCGGCAGCUCGGCCAGUUCGAAAACAGUUUAGGCGGAGCAAGGGAACCUUGUUUGUUUGGCCAUGUUGUAGCUGCUAAAAUUUUAUGGUUCAUACUGUAAUAUUCUGGUGGACACUACUCCGUGAGCCCGGAAACCCUUUGGCCUUGCUCUGCCUAGCACCGGGAUCUCCGCAUCUUGCCUAGAACUACUUUUGGUCACCUCCCACAUCCCUCCACUUAGCGCCCAUCCCCUCCCCACUCACCCAUCGUAUCUUCACUAUUUUCGUUUGGCUGCGUCCCAAGGUUCUAUCAUCUUUUGUGUUGUGGUAAGGCUACAAGUAUCGGCAGCCAUGGACAAGACUUCAGUUGCAAUUGGACACCAUCCCGAUCAUGUAUAAUAUAAUUUAUGUUCUAAUUUCAGAGGAAGAAGUCGCUCCCCGUAUGGCGGUGGAGGUGAUCGUCGCCGCUCCAGGUCUCCAAGAUACGACGAAAGACGUCGCUCUCCACGUCGUUCCUACUCCCGAAGCCGUUCUCGUUAA